AUGUCCCUACUCACAGAAGUUUGCGAAAAUGGAAAAAGUGGCAAAGAAGAGAGUAGAUCCGAAAGCAACCUGAGCAAUACAAGUAACAAUGACUCGGAGGCCGCCAAAGUUUCAACAGCAACAGAUAGUGGAGAAGUGCGAUUUGGAGACCGUCUUCUCGAUGACCUAAUGAAUACAUUUUGCGAUCGUCUUCAAGCUGCGUGCCCUCGAAAACUAGAUGGGUGCCUGGCUAUCCAGUUCGUCCUGGUGGAACCGCAGUCUCUAAAAUCAAUGAUUAGCGCUUCUCGACCAGCCCAGCAGAUCAUUUUCGACUCCGACCGAGUGCACUAUGUUGUGGUAGAUUAUGAUCCGCAGUCAAGAUUCAUUGUUCUCUACGACUCACUUGUCGAAAAGGAUACAAACAUCAUAAAUUUGCUAACAGAGCCAAUUCGACGACAAAUUUCUGCACUUUUUUCACACAUAUUUGACAACAAUGCAGUACAAGUUGCCAUUGCUCGAAGUUAUGACAGACAGACAGAUACGUGGUCAUGCGGGUAUCGUUCGAUCGCUUGUAUGGUAGAUCUUGCAAGACAAAGGAAUCCUUGCGAGACGGACUACUGCAUGAAAAACAUCUUCGAUUUUUUCCAAAAGGUCAUAAGUGAGCCAAAUAUAGAGUGGGAAGCAUUCGAGUCAGCAAAUUUUGGACAGCAUCGACCACUUUCGGAAAACAGUGUUACUUUCGUUCGUCUUUACUCAGACUUGGCCUUUGAAGAAGUGCCUUAUCAAUCGCCAGAUAUGUCGCAGGAUAUUAGCUGUUCUCAAGCUAAAAUUCAAAAUAUGAAGCUUUCCCCUCCAAGCACUCCUGUAAUAUCGAAUAUAGACGUUGAUACAAGAUCAGAGCAGUCUAUCAGACAAAUGAGAGUUACACGAUUAUACGUCCGCAUGUUGGGUCCACUCUUGCACUUUCGAAACCGUCUUCGCUCGCGACGUAUUCCACAAGACUCGUGA